AUGAGGGAGUGGUGCGUGACCCCGUUGCGAACCAGUAGUAAAGGGGAACUCAACAUUGCUGGUAUUAUGUCUCAGAGUUAUGUCUUUUUACAGCCAAUCACCUUUAAAACAGCCCCUUCGCUGGAUCUCUUAGAUGAUAUCAUGAUUUUGGCUCAGAAUUACCAACAUAUUCUGGCUCUGGCGUUUGCGGUAAAAGAAAUCAAUGAAAACCCUCACAUCUUGCCAAACAUCACUCUGGGGUUCCUGAUCUAUAACAGUCACUUGAGUGCAAGCUCAACUUAUCUUGCCUCAAUGGAACUUCUCUCUACCUGGAAGAAGUUCAUUCCAAACUACAAGUGUGAUAGUAGAAGCAAUGCAGCUGCAGUCAUUGGAGGACCUGAUUCCAAUGUCUGCCGCCAUAUGUCCACCAUUCUAGGUAUCUACAAGGUUCCACAGCUCAUGUAUGGUUCUUCUCCAGCGAUGGAUAACAAAUGCGAGGAAGCUUUUGUUCAACAGAUGUUUCCAAACUGGACCCAUCAAUACAAUGGAAUUCUUCACUUACUUCUAUAUUUCAGGUGGACGUGGAUAGGGGUGCUUUAUAUCGAAGACGAGAACGGAGAAAGGCUUGUGCAGAAAGUCCUUCCUUUUUUUUCUCAGAGCGGCAUUUGCUUUGAUUUCAUUCAAAAGUUACCCAAGCACAGCUUUUCUAGUAACACCUUUAAUCUUGUAGAAAAGGGGGUGGAAACCUAUAAGAUCACUGAGCGGAGCAGUUACAACGUCUUAUUCACACAUGGAGAACUGCAGACGAUGCUCGUUUUCAGAGUGCUCAUCGCACUUUCAGAAUAUGACCGAUCAACUAAGGCUGAAAGUAAAGUUUGGAUCAUGACAGCCCAGAUGGACUUCGCCUCCCUCCCUUUUCAGAGGAAUACGGGCAUAGACUUCCUUCACGGUGCUCUCGCUUUGGCAGUUCACUCUGAGGAGAUAUCAGGAUUCCAAACAUUUCUUCAGACCAGGAAACCUAGCUCAGAAAAAGAGGAUGGCUUUUUCCAGCUAUUUUGGGAAAGCGUGUUUGGAUGCUCCUUGUCUAACCGAAACUCAAGGGACAGACCUGAGAGGACCUGCACUGGAGAGGAGAAACUGAACACUCUCUCUGAGUCUAUUUUUGAAACGAGGAUGACUGCUCACAGCUAUAGUAUCUACAAUGCCGUCCAUACUGUGGCACACGCCCUGCACUUAAUACAUGGGAUGAAUUCCAAACAACACACAUUGUCAAAAGAGCAGAAGCUUCUCAAUCAACAUUCACGGCAGCUACAUCACUUUCUAAGAAAAGUUUCAUUUAACAACAGUGCUGGAGAAAAUAUUUCUUUUGACCAAAAUGGUGAAAAAAUAGCUGCAUUUGAUAUUAUCAACUGGAAGACGUUCCCAAACCAAUCUUUUCUUAGAGUCAAAGUUGGAAAGAUAGACCCGCAUAUUUCAUCAAAUACUUCAUUCAUCAUUGAUGAGAAUAAUAUUGUGUGGCCUAGCAGGUUCAAUCAGACGUGCCCUGUUUCAAUAUGCAAUGAUAACUGCUUUAAAGGAUUUAGUAAGAGAAAAAAAGAAGGGCUGCCAUUUUGCUGCUAUGAUUGCUUUCCUUGUCCAAAAGGGAAGAUUUCAAAUCAGGAGGACAUGGAUGAUUGCAUUCAGUGCCCAGAAGGACAAUUUCCAAAUCAUGGACAGGAUGGAUGUCUUCUGAAAGAAAUUAUAUAUUUGUCACACAGAGAAUCUUUAGGGAUUAGUUUAACCGUUCUUGCACUUUCAUUUUUUUUUAUCACAGCAUUGGUGCUUGGAAUUUUCAUAAAGUACCAAGAUACUCCCAUUGUCAAAGCCAACAACAGGAAUCUUACUUAUACUCUCCUUGUUUCUCUCCUGCUCUCAUUCCUUUGUGCUUUACUGUUCAUUGGCCAGCCUGAGAAGGUGUUGUGUCUUAUUCAACAAAGUGCUUUUGGCAUCAUCUUUACGAUAGCUGUGUCAUGUGUCUUGGCUAAAACUGUAAUUGUGAUUCUCGCUUUUAAAGCCACCAAGCCAAAUUCCAAAAUGAGGAAGUGGGUUGGAAAACCCCUGGACAACUCCAUUGUUUUUUCCUGCUCUUUUCUUCAAAUAAUUAUUUGUAUAACAUGGUUGGCUGUCGCUCCUCCGUUCCCAGAUCUUGACGUGCAUUCUUUGCCUGCAGAAAUUUUAUUAGAAUGUAACGAAGGCUCAAAUGUCAUGUUUUACUGUGUCCUCAGCUUUAUGGGUUUCUUGGCUAUCGUGAGCUUCAUAGCAGCUUUUCUAGCCAGGACACUGCCUGAUACUUUUAAUGAAGCCAAGUUUAUCACCUUCAGCAUGCUAAUAUUCUGUGUUGUUUGGUUGUCUUUUUUCCCAGCUUAUUUAAGUACUAAGGGAAAAUAUAUGGUGGCUGUAGAGAUCUUCUCCAUCCUGGCUGCCAGUGCUGGCUUACUGAGUUGUAUUUUUUUUCCAAAAAUUUAUAUCAUUCUAGUGAAACCUGAAUUAAAUAAUAGGGAACUGCUCAGAAUAAAGCACUAA